CAUAUACCAGAAACUUCUAAUUAGUACAAACCUCCAUAGCAGUUUAAUCAUUUCUCUUAGCAAUGGCGUCUCAAAGUGUCAGCUUGAUCAUAGUCCUAUUUUGCUCUCUUUUUGUUAGCUGUUUGCAGGCAGAGCCAAGCUUAGAAGUUGAAAGUGAGGCCUUGAAGGCCUUCAAGAAUGCCAUAACUAAUGAUCCUUUAGGAGCACUUACAGAUUGGACUGACAGAAACCACCACUGCAACUGGUCAGGCAUCACUUGCGAUGCUUCCUCAGAUCUCGUCGUUUCAAUAUCGCUUGUGGACAAGCAGCUUGAAGGCCAGAUUUCUCCAUUCCUUGGAAACCUUUCAGCACUCCAGGUUCUUGAUUUAACUUUGAACUUUCUCUCCGGGAGUAUCCCAGCUCAGCUGGGCCAAUGCUCCCAACUUUCUCAAUUAGCUCUAGUCUCAAAUUACCUUUCCGGUCAAAUUCCAGCAGAAAUUGGAGACCUUCGAAAUUUGCAGUUAGUAGAUUUAAGUAAUAAUCUCUUGAAUGGAACCAUACCUGAAAGCAUAUGCAACUGCACAUCCUUGUUAGCAGUUGCUGUCAUAUUGAACAAUCUUACUGGCGCAAUCCCUCAAAACAUAGGAAAUCUGAUUGGUCUUCAAAUGUUGUAUCUUUACACCAACAAGCUAGAAGGUCAAAUACCAGCUUCUAUAGGUAGAUUGGAAGCUUUGCAGGAUUUAGACCUGAGUCAGAACAUGUUAUCAGGAUCAAUUCCCCCAGAGAUUGGAAAUCUAUCAAACUUAAAAAAUUUUUUGUUGUAUGAAAAUUCAAUUGGUGGAAAAAUCCCAUCUGAACUAGGCCGUUGUAAAAAGCUUCUCACCCUUGAGAUUUAUAGCAACCAAUUCAGUGGAAGCAUUCCAUCUGAGCUCGGAAAUUUAGUAAACCUGGAAAAGCUGCGUAUGUAUGACAAUAAGUUGAAUUCCACAAUCCCAAUUUCCUUGUUCCAGUUGAAAUCAUUAACUCAUUUGGGACUUUCCAUGAAUGAGUUAACUGGAACAGUGCCUGAUGAACUGGGUUCUUUGAGGUCAAUGGAAGUGUUGACCUUGCAUUCCAAUAAGUUUACAGGAGAGAUUCCUUCUUCCAUAACAAACCUGACAAAUUUAACACAACUGUCAAUGAGCUUAAACUCCCUAACAGGGGCGCUUCCAUCAAACAUUGGAUUGCUUUAUAACUUGAAAAACCUGACCAUGAAUAACAAUCUUCUUGAAGGAGCCAUUCCACCCAGUAUCUCAAAUUGUACCCAUCUUGAUGUCAUAAGUCUAGCAUUUAAUAGGAUAACAGGGAAAAUUCCCACUGGUUUGGGACGAUUGCGGAACCUGAAAUUCCUAUCUCUUGGGGCUAAUAGGAUGUCAGGAGAAAUCCCUGAUGACCUCUUCAAUUGCUCGAAUCUUCUAACUUUGUCAUUGGGUGAGAACAAUUUUAGUGGAUUGCUAAAACCAGCUAUUGGGAAUCUCUAUAAUGUCAAGAUAUUUGGAAUUGGCAUGAAUUCAUUUGUAGGGCCAAUCCCACGUGAGAUUGGCAAUUUAAGUCGUCUCAUAUCCUUAAAUCUUGCUGGAAAUAGCUUCACAGGAAUUCUUCCACCGGAAUUGUCCAAGCUUUCUCUCCUUCAAGGACUCUCUCUACGUGACAAUGGCCUUGAGGGCACCAUACCUGAGAAAUUAUUUGAGCUCAAGUAUCUGACAAUUCUUUAUUUGCAGAACAACAAGUUGACUGGUCCAAUUUCAAGUUCUUUCUCUAAACUUGAGUCUCUUUCAGACUUGAAUCUUGGAGGCAACAACUUUAACGGGUCCAUUCCGAGAAGCUUGGAGCGGCUUAACGGACUUAUGUCCCUGGAUCUCUCUCACAACCAUCUAACAGGAUCAGUUCCAGGACCUGUGGUAGCAAAUUUGAAGAACAUACAGAUAUAUUUCAACUUGUCAUCCAAUUUCUUCGAGGGAAGUAUUCCAGUGGAGCUUGGAAUGCUGGAAAUGGCACAAACCAUUGACAUUUCAAACAAUAAAUUUACGGGGAACAUUCCUGAAAAUCUUAAGGGCUGCAGAAACUUGUUCUCUCUUGAUCUGUCAGGAAACAAACUUUCUGGUGAAAUCCCGGGUGAAGUUUUCGGAGGAAUGGAUGUGCUUACAAGCUUGAACCUUUCCAGAAAUAGUUUAGAUGGUGAAAUCCCUGAAGAGCUGGCGAAUCUGAAGCAUCUUAGCUCACUAGACCUUUCUCAGAACAACUUGGUGGGCAUUAUCCCCGAUAGCUUUUCCAACCUUUCCACCUUGAAAAGCCUGAAUCUUUCUUUCAAUAACCUUGAAGGCCGCAUUCCUGAGACUGGCAUAUUUAGAAGCAUGAACGCAUCUGAUUUGCAGGGAAAUCCAGCACUCUGUGGAGCACAGUUUCUCAAAUCUUGCAAGUUGACAGGCUCACACCAUUUAUCCAAGAAGACGAAGUUGAUUCUCCUGGUACUCGGCUCUGUUUCAGUUCUUUUAGUUCUGGUUCUUGUGAUUUCAAUACUCAAUCACUAUGCAAGAAAGCAUAAAGAAGAAAGGAUUGAGAAUCCAGAACCAGACCUCACUUCUGCAUUAACACUAAAGAGGUUCGACAGAAGUGAACUGGAAAAUGCUACUGGUUCCUUCAGUGAAAAUAAUAUUCUUGGAACUAGCAGUUUGAGCACUGUGUACAAGGGUCAACUGGAAGAUGGGCAAAUCAUAGCAGUGAAGAAACUGAAUUUGCAUCAGUUACCGGCUGAGUCUGAUAGGUUGUUCUACCGAGAAGCCAAAACCUUGAGGAAGCUGAGGCACAGGAAUCUUGUGAAAGUGCUGGGUUAUGCCUGGGAGAGUGGAAAACUGAAGGCUUUGGUCCUGGAAUACAUGAAAAAUGGAAACUUGGAGAGAAUAAUUCAUCAGGCUGUGGUGGACCAAUCAAGGUGGACAAUGUCCAAAAGAAUUGAUGUUUUUAUUUCCAUCGCUACUGCACUGGAUUAUUUGCACUCUGGUUAUGAUUUUCCAAUUGUUCAUUGCGACUUGAAGCCUUCGAACGUUCUGCUAGAUGCAGACUGGGAGGCUCAUGUGAGUGAUUUCGGAACAGCUCGAAUGUUGGGUGUUCAUCUGCAGAGAGAGAGUAGCAUUUCCUCAUCAUCAGCUUUCCAAGGCACUAUUGGCUACAUGGCACCAGAGUUCGCAUAUAUGAGAAAAGUGACUACCAAAGUAGAUGUGUUCAGCUUUGGUGUCAUAGUGAUUGAGUUUCUUACUAAACGAAGGCCAACGGGACUCGACGAAGAGAACGGGACGCCGCUAACUUUGUGUCAACUUGCAGAGAAAGCCAUGGCAGAUGGAAUUAAUGGAAUCCUUCAAAUCACAGAUCCUGCACUAGCUAUAGAUAUCUCCGAAGAGCAGGCGCAAGUUUUGGAAGAACUAUUUAAACUAGCAUUGAUUUGUACCAACCCAAAUCCUGAAGAUCGACCAGAUAUGAAUGAAGUGUUGUCUAAUCUUAUGAAGCUUAAGGGAGUUGCUUGAAAUGGUUGACUGUGACCAAAUACAAAUGUAAAAUUUUGUGAAUAAAUCAACACUUCCAAUGUCCUGAUCCAAGUAAAAAUAUUGUCUGAUUACGACAAACAAUCACUAAAGGUUUUAUUUUUUA